AUGGGGUUCGACAUCGACAAUACCCUGUUGCUCAUGAAGUGCGACAAAGAAGACAUGCUCAAGAGUAUGAUGUUGUUGCUCAUGGACAUGUCACUACGCCGCGCAGCCGUGAGUACCAGGGAGGAGCGCCCCGGCGGACUGGAGAUCUGCUGCUGCGAAGCGCCGCGACGGGCCAGGGAGGAGCGCCGCCGCAGAUUGAGGAGGGCCGCCGCCCGGACCGAGCUCCUCACGCCACCGCAGAUCGAGGAGGACCGCCGCCCCGACCGAGCUCCUUCCUCACGCCGCCCGCCUCUCCCUGACUCAGGCGCGCUAGCCCCCAGCCGAUGCCUCGCCCCCCAUCAUCCUCCAGUUGACACCAACCGCACUCAUACUGCUGCCGCUGGUGUUGGACGACUUGGAUGCCCAGUCAGUCAUCUUGAUUGUUCCUCCCUCGCUGCAUACACAGUCACCUCAGGUUUCUUCUCGGCUACCUUGGGAUCAACCCUCCAUUUUCUUAUUGAAGGUUACUUCCCCCACAAGCUCCAGUCUGAAGAACCCGAUUUUAUAGCACAUGCUCAUAUGUGCUUCCAUCAGGCUGCGUUUUGUGGGGUCGAUGCCUCCCCGAUCGAGGUCCAUGCUUCAAGUGGCUGGUGGAUAAAGCAACCUCGCGAGAUCCCAGUCCAUGGUGAUGUUGGGGUCUCGCUUCAUCUUCAUCUUAUGCACCACACAGCUGGCUCUUCGGUUAUUAUUGUUAGAGUUAUGUCGAAUAUUAUUGUACAAGUUAGGUUACAAUUGUCGUGUCCAAGUAGGACACUUGUAUCCUAGACCUCUCAUAUAUAGCGGGGGUAGACACACGAUGUAACCUAUGCCAACAUAAUAGCACGGGCACGCAGGGGAGCCGGCGGGGUGUGCCGGCGCCCGGGCGGCCGGGGUGCGGUAUUGUGACGGUGUCAUGGGGAGGAGCGCCCGUAGUUAU